UCCGUGUGUUUAAACAUCAUCUUUCGAGCGGUUCUGAGUGCAAGGAUAAAAGAAGUGACCAUGUUCAGGAAGAUGUCAGUUUUGGUGGCAAUCGCUCUCACUGGGCUACAUUGUGCCUUCGCUCAAAGUAAUAACUGGCGUCGACCCAAUGAUACAUAUCAAGAGGCGACGGGAAACGAUCGCACCCAAAGGCUUGGGUUGACAACCGGCUAUGGAGGAGUUAAUGGGUACGGUUACUCCAGUUCGGGAGUGGGUGGCUACGCUCCGCUGAAGAUCGACCUCGGAGGUGUUGUCCUUGGUACACUGGUCGGCAUCGGUGCCCUUCUGAUUCUGCCUAAAUUGGUGAACGUAUUCGGAGGAGGGUAUGGCGGGCACUAUCGCAGUGCUGAUAGCGAUCUUACCGGUGUAACCGACAUGCUGAACAAGGUGGACGACUUUCUGGCACAGAAUAAUAUCGAUUCGGGAUCGUGCAUGCAGAAAGCUAUUUGCAGCUACGUAAGGUCGUCCGAUUAUCACGUGCAGGUUGGAACAGCUGACCAGAUUGAGCACAUGAUUUUGGCUCUCUCAGAGAAUUCUCUGGUUGAUUACAUGAUCGAUGGAACCGCCGUCAAGGAUGCCAUCAAGAACGGGAAGCAGCAAUCAACGCGCUCUUGUGAUGAAUUGUACAAAACGUGUCCCUUGGAUAGGCAAUCCGCACUACAAGUGUUCAAGAAGAUGUUUCCGCUGGGAUCACAAUAAACUCAGGCACAAUUUCUUAAGAAAGACUUCUCCAACACCAAUAUCGUUUAAUGAUUGUGCCGUAUGCAAAUCCUCAUCGAGAGAUAAGAGACAUCAAAUUAUUGAAUUAAGCAGUUAACACCGGAGGAAAAAAAUAAAUGAUACACAGCAACUCAUUAUGAAUUAGCGCCAUGCCUAUUAAAAAACGAACAAACGGAUAAUACUGAAAUUACACAACUGCUAUAGAAUUCUGUUCUCCACAAAGUCCCACUAUCCUGAGGAUGGUAAAAUCAACACAAAUCUCCCGCAUCACUCGCGCAAAACAAUUUCACCUUCACUAAGAUGACUCACCUGCACGGCACGACGACACAAGCACCUUCCCGCUCCCCCGGAUUGACCCUGGUCAACGGCCGAACACGAGUCCAAAAUUUGUAAAUUCUAAAAUUAGAAAAUUCCAUCGCGCGCCAGUGUGUACAUGAUGAGGCGUAUCCUAAACGGCGAAGAAAGCGAAAAAUAAAUCUAGUGAACAACAAAGAACGCAUUAAUUAGGACACUCACGUUUCGAUGUUUUAAAAUGUCGUCCAAUUAAUGGAAUGCGUCCUCCUUUUAAAAUUAUAAUUGAAUACCGCCGCCAGGUGUUCUUGUUCCUAUUACAAAAGGGACAAUUUGAACUGAACUAUUGAAUGCUGCUAUGCUUUAUAGAUUGAUAGUUUCAACUCUCUUCAAACUAUUAUUUGCUUGUUUUGAAUUGAAAUGUUACCAACACAGU